ACGACAAAACCGACCAAACAAAAACAAAAGAUUUGUCCACUUGCCCCGUCAAAAGAUUCUCACCGCAACGACAGAGAAUCCAAAAUUAUAUUACAUAAUAUACCCUCUUAAAGACUCAGGUUAGGUAACUACUCUACUAGUUCCGAUCGAAAUUAGCUUUGCUCACUAAUUCAAUUUUGUAUCCGAGCUUCAUCGAUGGACAAAUCCGUGGACCCAAAGAGUGGCUUCUGCUCAGAAACCAAAACUUUCCACAGUCUCAGACCACCCGUCACUCUUCCACCGGAAACCACCCCUCUCUCCGCCGCUUCUUAUGCUCUCUCACUCCAACUCACUUCACCAUGGCCCAACCCAACCGCUCUGAUCAACUCAGCCACCGGCCGCCACCUCUCUUACUCCGAAUUCGCCAAACAAACCAAAACCCUGGCCGCAUCUCUGCAAAACCUAACGGGCCUCUCCAAAGGAGACACUGCAUUCAUUCUCUCUCCCAAUUCAACCCAAAUUCCUAUCCUAUACUGCUCUCUUCUCUCUCUCGGAAUUAUCAUCUCUCCCGCCAACCCAGCCAGCACCGAGGCCGAGAUUUCCCGUCAAAUCAAGCUCUCUAAACCACUGAUCGCCUUUGCCGUUUCAUCAACGUGUCACAAACUCCCAACCAUGCGAUACCGGACAAUACUUAUUGACUCGCCUGAGUUUGAGUCGAUGUUAUCGAGUUCCAGUCGUGAACUCUGCCCCCCCGUCGAAGUGAGUCAGUCUGAUAUCGCGGCGAUCAUGUACUCGUCAGGGACUACCGGGCAAGUCAAAGGUGUGAUGCUGACUCAUCGGAACUUGAUUGCGAUCGUAGGGAUUUUUUUAGCUCAGCGACUGGAGAGGGAGUCACCGGAGGUGUUGCUGUAUACGGUGCCUUACUUUCAUGUGUUUGGGUUUUUUUACAGUGUGAAGUCUGUGGCUCUAAGUGAGACAGUGGUGGUGAUGGAGAGGUUUGACUUGAGGAAAAUGUUGAGAGCCGUGGAGGAGUUCAGGGUGACGGAUGUGGCUGUGGCGCCGCCGGUGUUGGUGGCUAUGACGAAGGGAGAUGUGAGGGAUGGCUAUGAUUUGAGGUCGUUGGAUAAGGUUGGUUGUGGUGGUGCGCCACUUGGCAAGGACGUGAUCAGAACAUUUACAACAAAAUUUCCGGGUGUUCUCUUAUGUCAGGGUUAUGGAUUGACUGAAACAACUGGUUCAGCCUUUCGAGCAGUGGGUCCAGAAGAAAGUCUCCGUUGGGGUUCAGUGGGAAGGCUAAAUGCCAACUGUGAAGCAAAACUUGUGGAUCCAGACGCAGGCGUUGCUUUGCCUCCGGGAAACCAAGGGGAGCUCUGGAUUAGAGGACCCUUAGUAAUGAAAGGUUAUAUUGGAAAUCCGAAGGAAACUUCUGAAACCCUAGUUGGUGAUGGAUGGUUGAGGACUGGUGAUUUGUGUUACAUUGAUGAGGAAGGAUUUCUUUACGUCGUAGAUAGGCUUAAGGAGUUAAUCAAAUACAAGGGAUACCAGGUGCCCCCUGCUGAACUAGAACAAUUGCUUCUGUCCCACCUGGAGAUUGAUGAUGCUGCAGUGAUACCAUACCCCGAUGAAGAAGCUGGUGAAGUGCCCAUGGCUUGUGUGGUAAGACGUCCUCAAAGCAGCCUUGAUGAAGCACAAGUAGUGGAAUUUGUAGCAAAACAGGUUGCACCAUACAAGAAAAUAAGGCGCGUAGCAUUUACUAGUUUCAUUCCCAAAAGUCCAGCAGGAAAAAUAUUGAGGAAGGAGUUAAGAAAGAUUUUCUCAGGGCCUCUGUCAAGGUUGUGAUUGCUUUGGUUUUACUUUCAUUAUUGUGUACACAAAUUUAAUUUUAAGAUUUAUAUUCUUGAGUCUUUCAGUUAAAUAAUUUACACCAAGCAAGCUCUCUUUCUGGUUAGAAACAAUAU